AUGUUGUAUUACAUCAGGGUCGAUCACGGGGGCUCUUUCCACACGUAUCCUUAUGCGGGCGGGCCGUUUCAGAGCCUAGAUGAAGCUGACAAAGCCAUGGAUCGCUAUUUUCUUGAACAUAGGGACCCAAAACUGUUAAUGCACCAAGGUGGGGUUUCUUCACUGGAAAUGGCCAUAGAAGCAGCUCUUUACUGGCCUGAUGGCGCAAGGAAGCGUUCAAAGUCAGAUCACGCUGAGAGAGCCCGUAAUGGAAGGCGCCGAUUACUUCAAGCUUUGGUGGACAAGCAUAACGAGGAUCACAGUCUUUUGGGGGAUUUUGCGUAUGAACUCAAAGAUGUUGUGGAGUGCAAAGUAUUCAGUGAGAAGCGUGGGUGGUACUAUCAUCUCAAUUUCACUUUGACUAAAGGAGCUGAUCGUGGCAUCGAAGAUCUAUUCUUUGUCGAAGUCAAAUAUGUGCGACCAGUAAAACAAGAACUGUCAGUCAGCUGCUUCUGCAUGAUUAAACCUACCGAUAACGGUAAUGCUAUACCCUCCCCUUAUAUCAAGUAUUGCCUUUGGUGGGUGGCACUAAGUUGA